GGAGCAUAAUUAACUACUUCAUUCUGUACGAACGUGCUGGUCCCGAGUAUCGUGUUCAUCGAAUGUACCCUGCCGAUCCCACCGGUGUGUACGCUCCGCGUAUAUUGGAAUUCGGUUUCUCUUGCUGUAACGAGUACGUUCUUUUCUUCAUAACGAAUCACCUGUCUGGUUUGUGUAGGAAGAAAGUUGGAGAGAAUUUUGUCAUUGUUUUCACGGACGCUCAGGGAACUCUUGAGUUUGUUUUCUGCCAUUGGCCUAACACCCAACUAAUAUUAUGCAUUUCCAGUGCUUUGCCGUGGUGUGCUUGUUUCCACGGUCUCCUCGAUAUAAUCAGUCGCAACGAACUCUAUCGGGAAUCUCGCUGGCCAGCGUUUCAGCCUUUUCUAUCACGUCUUCUGUCCACUCGACCACCACCACAGCCGAUUGAUUAUGUCACGUGUCAAGACCCUUUCAGUGUCAACCGGAAGUAUGUGAUGGAGUACUACAAUGCACUGGACGUCUCCUUAUGGAUUCAUGUUUUUGUUUGCCUCAUUUUGGAACGCAGCGUGCUGUUCUAUUCCAAACGAUUAUCGCGCCUGACGGCUUGCGUGAUCGCCGCAGUGUCUCUGUUACAUCCUCUUCAAUGGGUUCAUUCAUUCUACCCGCUGAUUCCUAAAAAAGUCAUCGAGGUAUUGGGAUGUCCGGCUCCGUUUGUUGCUGGCAUUCACUCUUGCAAUCUACAGGCCGCUAUGGAACACGUGAAUUCGGGCACAUGUGUGGUUGAUUUGGACGCUGGGCGAAUUAAUCUGUACCAGUCAUCCGAGUCUACGGAAAAUGAUUCGGAUGGAGAAUUCGCGACACCGAAAGCUGUGUACGAGUUCCUCCGGCGGCACCUGAAGGACUUACAGCGACAACUGAAUUCGGCCAUGCGUUUGAACAAAGCGCCGGAUUCAAACUGGAAACGUGUAGAUGGAGAAGCUUGCCAGUUUUUCGAGCAACUCACCAAACCAUUCUUCUAUAUGAUCGCGAAUUUGCUUGGCUGUUAUUCAGACUGCAUCGUAAACAACGGCGGUUCGCCAGAAGUGGACAUCGAUUUGCUCAUUGCUCGCCAAAAAUGUCCGGGUUUGGAACCGUUUCUUCGAACUUUAUGUGAAUCUCAGACUGUUCAGUUGUUUUUAGAUGGUCGCGUUCGAAACCCACCCGAUCCUAGCACGGAUGCGUUCGAAUCUUUCUGUUCAACACUUCGCAGUGCGAACAAAGAAGGGCGUCGUAAACAACGAUUAUCCAGUACAGUUUCUGCUCCUGCUACACCAGUUCCCAUCGCGGUAACGCUGAAUGGAUCUACUUUAACAAACAAUGGGGGCUCUGGUCUUAUCCGAGGGCACUAUCUUGACGUAGACCUUCCCAGCUUUGGAACUCAACGAUGGGUUCAAUCGAAGAAAUUGAAGAACCCUGGUGAACCUUGUUCGUGGGACAAACAAAAGAACAUAGCCAGGUAUCCCAAGAACACAGCCACAUCAGCAUACAGUUGGGCAAAUAUCUCUCAAAAGCUUCGGGCUCAAGCCAUCACGUUACGAAAUCUUUCGAGUUCCAAGGAGAUGAUUCCCACCCGUAAUGGUAUAGAUCGUCGGGCUACAAUCGGAUUUACCCAAGAUGAUGUAGACGCACGACGCCAACCGGUGGAUUACCGUCCACCACGACCGUCCGUACUACCAGAAGUGAGGCCUUCUCCCCUAACUGGCUCAGCCACAGGACUUCGAGAAUCUACUCGAGAGCCCAGCAGAUUGCCAAGACCAACCUCUACAAUUGCACGGAAUGAGCACAGUAAAAUACUCUCUCAUAUCCCCACUGAGUGGCGCGCUCCGAGGAAGCCAGACACUUACCUUGGAACACUUGCAGCGCCAGUCAAGCACGCCCAGACAAUUGCAUCUCAGUCGACCCCUGAACGAAAGCCAAAACCACCUCCCAGACCACCUCCUCCACAGGCACUGCAGUCCAUCACAGUUGCCGAAGCAAGAUCCCGAACAGUGUUAUCUCAGCCUGACGAGUUUUCCCCACCCAUAUUGGAAAGUCCCAUACUCCCCGUUUUUGUCCCACCAUCUCACCACCGACCUGUACAAGAUUUUCCUACGAGCAUCUGUGACACCGCCCCUCCUCGGCCUCCACUGGACACAGUCGCAUCCGAGGCUAUCGCCCUCAAUCUUCCCACUACCCGGGCUUUCAAUUCAUUGAGUGGUUCCACGAGAAGUGGAACGCACUACACUGAUUGUGCACCUCCACCGAUCCCCCCGCGAAAUCCUUCAAUUCGCCCUGGUUCACGAUUGUUCGCACCCUCUCCUGCUGGCACAAUCCGACUGACUCCUGCCGGUAACCUCCUUCACCGUCGUUUGGCCAGUAGACAUAGAAGGACAACAGAAACUCGCUCCUCUCUUGAUCGGGUUUCUUCACCGCCGUUGACGGAGAGGGAACUGGAGACGAAGCCAACUCAGACGUUUCCGACAUCUGGUCGACGACCGAGUUACGAAAACGUACUGUUUGGCGAUGUUAAUUCCCCUACAACAACUAUCCCACGGUCGCUCCACCUUCCAAGAUCCCGAUCAGAAACCAUACAUUUACCUCCAAACCCGAAUCAAUGUCAAGAUAUCAACAAGUUGAACCAAUCUCCCUUUUCUAGUUUGCAACACCGUAGUCGUAGUACUGGUCAACUGGCAAACGGCGACUCCUAUUCGUUGAACUCGCGGGAUUCUGGGCAUACAGACAGCUCGGCUGUUGAAAAUGGUGUUUGGUUGAAGAGAAAAUAUGCCACGUUUGCCGAACGUCGAAGGACAAAUCGUGUACCCUACUACCGACUGCACCGAGCUCGGACAGUAUCUGUACAUCGAAGCACUGCUCACCUGACUUCGAACGCGAACAACCUCGGUGGGUCCCAAGGUGCCGCGCCAAUCGCUUCGGAAGAAUCAAACUCUAUCGAGUAACCGACGAACGCAUGUAACAGAAGAGAAUGGAUUCGUGUAAAUAGUCCCCACUCAGACCCACCGGAAAGGUGAUUAUCUGUGAUAGAAUCCAGAGUUGUCAUUUCCGAAUAUUUCGUGUAUUAUCUUGACAACUAACCUCGAAGCCUUCUUGAAGAGAAAGGCGGCGCACACGCAUGCCAGAUACAACUAACUUACUUAUACUUCUCAUUCAAACCGACUUGCUUUAAAAAAGAUUUCAGUAUCAAUCCGGCUGUCCACAUAUAUGCAUACAUGCUUCUUCCCCACUUACUCCUCCACAUCUAUUAGUUUUACAUGAAACACUUACAAUAUCUUUUCGUGAGCGGGAACCAAAGAGACCUUCGAUCAAAUGCAAAAAAUGCAUUUCUGAAAUGACUUGUGUUUUGCCAUUGGUCUUUGAAAUCAGAACCGGUACACGGAAGAGACUAAGAAAAAUAUAUUCUUUCGAAACAACUUCCUAAGGAGAUGAUAAGCAACAGGACCGUCGGCAGUGUUAGGCUGGGCUGCUGACUUCUUUUCGAGCGGUGGCCUGAAACACAAAAGACAGCAGCAAAAUUCGAAUGUGAACACUUGAUCAGGCUAAUUGCUAUGACAGCUCUACUGCUGCUAAUAAGAUGUACAAUAAAAU